AUGAACCCCGAAGAGUCCACCGACCACCGACCUUCCUAUCGUGGAGGUCGAGGCGGCGGCGGCAGCAACUCUAACUAUAACAAUCGAGGCAGCAACAGAGGUUACCACAGCUCCUCCAACACAUCUUCACAAUCCAACGCUCCCAACACAUCAUCAUCCCACGGAGACGAUCAUAGCGGUAAUCGUGGUAGUAGUAAUGAUGGUAACGGACGAAGUCGUGGCCGAGGCCGUAACCGCUUCAUGUCCCCCGCCAAAGCCGAACGAGCCCGUCUCGCCCGCGAAACCAUAAACACCACAAUCCCACAUAUUCUCCAGCACACACCCCGUGCAAAAGCCGGUGUCGAAAGUGCCCAAAAAUACAGCUAUUCCGAAAUCCCCACUGUGACAAAGACGGGCGGUAAUCCAUAUAUCCCCAAGAUCUCGGUGGUAUACAACGAUACCUUCGAUGCGGCUAGGGAUCUUGUGGGUCGUUUAAAAUCGCAGUUUCCGAGGGAUUACGAGGCCGGGAGGGUUAGAGUUGGAGUAUUGAAUAUGGCGUCUAAUACUAACCCCGGUGGAGGGGUACUCAACGGUUCUCAGGCGCAGGAGGAGACGUUGUGUAGGAGGAGUACGUUGUAUCCUUCUUUGCUAAAACGACAUUUUCAUCCAUUACCCGCCGGAGCUGCGGUAUUCACGUCGGAUGUUUUGGUGUUUAUGACACAAGGGUAUGAGAUGUUGAAGGUGGAGGAUAGGUUUUAUGUGGAUGUUAUAUCUAUGGCUGCACCUAAACGUCCCGAGUUGACGGGUGAUAAGAAGAGGUAUGCUGAUCAGGCUUCUUAUGAGGAGUUGAUUUUUGGGGUGAAGGGGAUGAUGAGGGUUGCGCAGGAGAAGGGGGUUACGCAUUUUGUGGCUGGAGCUUUUGGGUGUGGGGCUUAUGGGAAUCCUAAUGCGCUUGUGGCGGAGUGUUUUAAGAGGGUUAUUUGUGGUAGGAGGUUUGGGAGUGAGGGGUGGGGAAGAGAGGAGAGGGAGGUUUGGAGUGGAGUUCGUGAAGUGGUUUUUGCGAUUUAUGGGGAGGAUAGGGGCAAAGGGAACCUGGCGGCUUUUAAGGAGGCGUUUGGGGAUGUUAUGAGGUGGCAGGAGGGGCAGGUUGGUGAUGCUGCUAGUGCUGAUGUUGAUAUUGACGGGGAAGGCGAGAGUGCGGGUGGUAGUACUGCUCAAGGUGAAGCUGGAGAUGUUGGGCAGGGCUCUAGAUUUGGAUCUGGGUCUGGAUCUGGGUCUGAAAAGUUAUCAACCGUGUAA